GCUCAACAGUAAAACGAGAUCACAGAAUUUUGUAGAAGCCAGAGAAAUAAAUUUCAAUAGUUCAUUGCUACAGCAUUGCAGCAUUCGCGCGAUUUGUUUUUCUCACACGUAAUUAGUAAUUAAAACGUUUAGGCAAUUGAUCCACCCGCUUCAGCAUUUUUCCUUGCUUUAAACGAAAUAGAUACUUUUACACAACUUAUUUAUAGCAAUUUAUACAAUUAAUUUUAAAAUACUAAAAAUGACAAAAUUGCACGCACAAUUUAUACAUCAUUAAAAUGUAUUAAAUUAAAAAUAUAUAUCAAUAAUUUCGAAUUUUUCACCGUUUUCAUCAUUUCUCUUCUUAUGUCUCUAAUUUUUAAUGUUUCGAAAUGUUUUAACGUAUUAAAAUUAAAUAGAUAUAAAAAUAAUGCUGUAGCAAAAUUUAUUAGAAAACCUUUCCCAUUUAAAUGUUCUAAUAUUUUUAGAGACGUAUGCGUUACAUUUAUAUCGCAGCAUUUUAUGUAAGCAAUAGAAACGACAGAGUUUUCAAGUUCGAUAACUAAUAUAAACUCACGGUCACGUACCUCUUACUAGCUAUAGAUCGGAUAAAAUAGUAAGAGACAUUUACCUCGUUAUCUAAUUGUCGUAUAUAUGUAUAGCGAUCGCGAAUACAUUGUAUACACCAAACACGCGUUUAGAGAAAACGUUAUAAGCUGUAAAAACUUUAAAUCGUUUCCAAGUAAUAGCGAAGAAUUGACCCUAGAAAUGCUAGAGAAUAGUAAAAUCGAUCUGCAAGACACGUGUGAGUUAUUGGAAAGUCAUUCGAAACAUACGCCAUAAACUUUGGAUCAAACGCUUCUCUAAAUAUUUUUUGCGCAUUUAAAAAGACGCUGUUAGAAUUAAAGUACUGUAAAAUUAAUGUUGUAACAAGAAGUUUCAUUAAAAAACUAUUUCUACUAAAAUAUCAUAACAAUUCUUAAAUUAUACCGUUAAAAUUAACACACCGCUAGCAUCAUUAAUACUAAUUUGAGAAUGUUGGUAUUUUAGGAUACGAGGAGAUUUUAUUCAUGAGAUUGUAGGAAAUUUUCUUGGCAGUACAGCCAAUUUGUUCCAAAAAUAUUCAUAAAAUAUUAGUCAAUACAAAUUAUACCCUCCUUCCCUUCAACUUUGUCAUUAUCAAGUAAAAUACCGAGUAUUAGAUUGAAUCAAAGCCGAUCUUUUGUUUUCACACAUUUACAUAUAUCUAUAUCGCUACCGUGACAAAGCAGUCUUCUUUAAAUCAAUCGAGAGACUCGACUAUUAAAGCUCGUGCCGUCCCUACGACGAGACAGUUCUCCCGCGAAGAGGCAAACGUUAGUUGACGCGCGCGUUACCUGCGCCACUUUUAAUCCGAUGUUGUGCAUUCAUUCCUUGCGGUUAACUUAAAUUUCUCAUUUUCACAAAUCUAAUUCUUUGAAAAAGUGAAAAAUGUCAAGCAUAUUUAAAAACUUUAAAUCAAAAUACAAGUUUAAGUGUAAAAUCUAUAGACAGUUAAAUAUUAAUUAGCGUGAAUUAUGUUUAAUACAAGUGAAGAAAUAUAUUUAAUACUGUUAAAUGCUACAAAUAAUUAUCUCAACCUGAUAACUGCAAGGAAGUGAUAACGCGAACUUCAUAUCACUAUCCGGAAUGUGUCAACGUAGAAGAGUAUAAAAAGAAUUUAAGUGUGUUUACGCGACUGUUUUGCGCAGUAAAAUUAUCGUCGAUCUUGUUCGAUGGUUUAAUUAUUGGAUUUCUCAUUAUAAUUUCAUUAAAUCUGUCGCGCGUGAUGACAGAUGAAUGUAUGAGUAGUGUAAAGCUCAUUUUUAAAUCAAAAGACAACAGUGUUCAGAGAUAAUCGAAGUGUUCUACGCUUUGAAUAACGUUCAGUGUGUUUUAAUUUUCGUAACACAUCGCUCGCGUGCACCAUUGUGAAAUUUAUUCGAAAAGUGAAAAGAUUGAUUAUUAAUGUGAGGUGCAUUAAAACGAUUCGCGACAUAUACAUUUAUGCAACUUUGAUAAAUUAUAGUUAUCUAUAUCCAUCCAUUCUCAAUUAUACACAGAGAAAAAAAUCUGUUGUAAAACUCAAAUAUUUUGUCCGAUACAUUCAACCAAACAUUGGGCAUUGAGUGACUCAUCUCGGAAAAGCCAAAUCCCGUACUCACCUACGUGAAGAAGAAGGCAAUUUUCAAUUCUUUUGACACAUUCCUUCAAUCUUUUCUAUACUUUUAAAAUCAGCUACGUGAGUGCUUUAGAACUACACGGCAGCAGGAAGUCGGUAAAAGUUAAGUGCGCCGACCAUUCGCUGUCGGGGUUCACUGUCAGUGCUAUCGCACGAGCGGUUUAAAUCCCAACCCCAAAUGUCGUCCGACGUCGCAUCACGUCGGUUUCUUCUGUGCGCGACGUCAUAUGCCCAAGUUGGCAUUUGCAACGUGUCGUUACGUUCGUUAUACUCGUAAUACAUUUCAUCAUGACUUAAACGGAUAUUGGCGAGACCAGAAUCGUACAAAAAAAAAGGAAAAGAAAAAGGAUAAAGCUCUUAUCAGAGAAACCGCAAAGUCUAACACGAAAUUGCUUAAUGAAAACUUAGGAAAGAGCUAAAAAAAAAAAAAAAAAAAAAAACACGUUAAACAUCCUUAUAUCCCCUUGUGAUCGUCGCACACCGCCACCACCACAACCACUGCCUCUCUUCCACGCGCAUCCUCGAGCACCCGUCGAAUCGGCCAAGCGUAUCGAAUGGUCGAGUAGAAGUAAAGCCGAGAAAAAAAGUAACACACAUACACACCACGAGAAAUACGCCGACAGCGACCUGAGAUCGUGCACCGAAGUCAGUCAUGAAUCUUAUGUUCCGCAAGAACUUCGGCGAGAAGGGACUUGGUGGUGGCGGACUAGGUGGAGGAGGAGGAGGAGGAGGAGGUCUAGGGGAAGUCCGGCCCGUCCUGGGCACUACCACGACUUACGGAACCAGCGGGGCCUCGUUCGGCCAGAUAGGGACGCGUUUAGGCGCAGCACGCGGUGGUAUUGGCCAGUCAGUGGUCAGCAGCGGCGUGCGUGGACCCAUACGACGCAGCCGGGAAUUCGGAUACUUGCCGUCGAUGGGCGAUCACGAGCACCAGGGGCAUGGUUACCGUACUCAUUUGUUCCUGUCGCCACCCGCAGGUGGGACACUCGGCUCGCCACCCGAGGAAACGGGCGAGCGACUGGGUCCGCCGCCGCGUCGCAACUCGGGCCCUCAUGUAAUCAAAUGGGGCGGCGGCGGGCCCAUCGGUUCCGCGCAAGCCGGUCAGACCGGCAAUCAGGCUAGAAGGAAGCAAAAUCAGAUCGGUCAACAAAAAGAACCUUCCGACCCACCGACUCCGACGGCGUCCAGGCAGCAGGUAUCCUUCAGCGGAAAUCGUACUUCUGGUACUUAUACACCCCUCGUGGUUUCCGGAAACAGCCCACCACGAGGCGAACCAAUCUCCUUGGCCACUUUGGACCGCGACUGUUUUAUUAUACCUCUCGCUUCUCUCGAGCGCUUUUUACCAGCCGGUGUACCACAUGCUCCUGUCGCUGAUAAGAAGAGGCCAGGAAGUCCUCUGUCAGUUCUCGAAGUCGAGGACCCAAAGCAAUGUGUUCUCGCGCAUUUCAUGACACCAUUAGAGCCUCUAGACCCACUAAUGGAAUCUCCAGUGUCUCGUCCACUGGUUCUACAACGCGACACCGCUGCGGAACUAGUCGCCGAGAUAGCACCCUCCGCGUCGCAAAGCAUUUUACUUACGAAUAUGGAGAAGAACACGGAUUUCCCGUUCAUCACGUAUUAUCUAAUAAAUAAGCAGAGCACGGACCCCGUAGAUUUUUACAACGAAGUGCAAUGCGCAGCCCUACGUAAGUUCGAUCCCCGAGAUCUCAGAUACGCAGCCAAUCACACGUUAGACCUGUUCAAUGAGGUAGCGACUAUCGCGAGACCGCCGCUUGAACCGCCCGGUGGAAGACCACCCAUUCCGUCCACCGGCUACAUAGUUUCAAUUUUUAAAGUUUUCGAGGGGGACGACGGUCUCAAAUUCGAACAAAACUGGCUUUAUUGGACAGGUGCGCGAAUGAUGUAUCGAUACCUGCCCAAAUCGGUGGGUCUCAGGCGUAUUACUUUGCAUAAAUCAAUGUCGCAGGGUGAUAAGAUGUAUCUAUUGAUUUGCGAGUGCUCGCAGCUGCAAGAUAAUCUAUCCGCUGCGGCGAUACUUCUGCCGGCACUUCGUGCACGCCUGUGCGGGCACAUCGGGCUUUACAGGCCCUCCGUGUGCUUCUGAUUCCUCACCCAGCUGCUAGAGUCUGCGAGGAACAUCCUUUCAAAUCGUAUUACGUACAACUCUGCAGAAAAAUCUGAAAGAAACGGAACAUAACUAAUGCCAUAGCGGGAUACGCUAAUUUGCAGGAACCGAAGAAUAUAUCGUCGCAAACUUUGUUAACAAACGAGACACUGUGAUUUCUUAUCAUACUAUCUAUUAUAAGAAGCGCAACUUCGUAUACGCUUUAGACGAGUCUCAUCGAUGAUCGACGAAAUGGCCUGCAUGUUCGAUUAGAUAUGCAACUGGACCUAUUUGUAUUUUUCGACUUUACUAUCUCGUUCAUUACGCAAGCGAGCAUUGCCCAAGUAGGGUCACCGAACAAAGCUGAAAUGAGAUGUAUAGCAAUAAAAUUAACAGGCUGCAGAAAGUAUAUUGUAUAAUAUAUACGUAAUAUAAAAUAAUAUAAAAGGGGUGUCCGAUUCAUCUCCUAGAUGAAAGCGCCAAGGAUCCUCGAUAAUUAGUUUCCUGAAAGAUGUGGGAUCAUUCCAUGCGCUAAGACAUGGAAAAAGAUAAUGUAUGUUGCCGAUUAGAGAUGUUUGGUCAUCCUACGGGCAUCGCAAUACACAAGCAUAACGGAUAUACGCAUAACAUACUUUUAUUACUAUUGAUAACUAUCGAAUAAUCGCUAAUUACAUAUCAUACUCAAUAAACUGUGAUAUUUGAACCAGCGGCGUAUAUAUCACAAUGGGAAACUCCUCUUGAAACCUACUCUUAAAAUCAAUUUAGAUGACUUAGGCACAAAGUAGAGAAACUUUGAAGGCCAACGCGGUAGAACAUAACUUCAAGUCUUUUAUCGAUUAUCUUCAUAUUUGAUAUUAUAUAUCCGUAUACACGGAUUGUGCUCGUAAAAUUUGGUCAGUAACUAUGUAACGUAUGUGAGUAAGCUAUAUUUUUCAAGAUGUAAAUAGCAUAUUUCAUUUUUAAAUAUAAUUCUUUCUUAUUUAAAAUAAAAAAUAGAUUUUA